AUGUCGCCGGCCAAAGUGUCGACCGCCACGGCGACACCCUCCAAGCUCGUCAACGGCACACCCAAGUCCGCCAAGAAGGCCAGCGCCAAGGCGUCUCCAUCCAAGUCCGCCGCCUCGUCUUCCUCGGCCGCUGCCACCGUCAAUGGCAGCUCGGCAUCGGCAUCGACCUCCUCGGCAGCGGCGUCCACAUCGACAGCGGCGCAAGAGAAGCCGACGGGCAAGUACUACGACUCGCUCAGCAAGCACAACACCGCCUUCACCUCGCUGCUCCACCUCAUCCCGCCCCAAUUCUACCUCACGCGCGACGACGACGAUCUGGCGGAGGAUGUGUCGUCAAAGUACAUGAAGAACAAGCGCAAGAAGGCCAAGUCCGAGAUCGAGGCCAAGGAGCGCAAGGACAAGCUGCGCGAGGCAAAGAAGCAGCGUCUCGACCCGGACAACUUUGCCACCGUCACCGACAUCCAGGCAGAGCGAGCGGCUGCUAAGGCUGCUCGUCAGGCGGCUGAGGCCGACUCGGACCUCGAAGUGGAUGCCGAGGGCAUGGUCUCGGACGACGACGAGGAAGACGAUGAUGAUGAUGAUGAUGACGACACAAGAGGCGGAGGUGCUGCUGGCGAUACGGACGACGAGAUGCAAGAUUCGGAUGUCGAGGAUCUACCUUCGAAGCCAGCCGCUGCUGCUGCUGCUGCCGACCCAACCGCUGCGGCGGCAUCCAAGCCCAUCCAGACCGAGGGCGAGCGCAAGGCGUCGAUCGAUGCGCUGCGCGCCAAGUUGCAUGCCAAGAUUGCUGGCCUGCAGCGCAAGCGCGGCGGCCUGCUUGCCGACGCCGAAGAGGGAUCCGAGGACGGCAGCAGCGUGAUCAGCUCCAAGGACGAGCUGCUCGAGGAGCGUCGCAGGCAACGCUUCGACGCACGCGAGCGCAAGAAGCAGGAGAAGAAGGAGGCCAAGGCGGCAGCCAAGCAGGCGGCCAAGGCCAAGAAGGCUGCCAACGCCAACGGCGCCGCUGCCAACGGCACCAAGUCGGGCAGCACGUUCAACGUGGCCACCAAGGCGCCAGCGCUGCUUGUGGCCGAGCCAGGCUACGGCGACAAGAACAAGCGCGCUGCUGGCUCGGGUGCCGCCGACAUUGACGUCAACGGCAACUCGCUCAACUUUUCCUCGCUCAACUUCAAGCCGGUGGGAGCGGCGGGUGCGGCGCUUCCGGACGAGGCUGGUGCGGGCGGCAAGAAGAACAAGCUUGCGCUGCCGUCGGAUCCCAAGGCGGCGCUGCAGAUGCUCGAGCACCGCAAGAAGCAGGACGAGGCGCGCCGGGCGAAGCUGGCGGAGAAGCUGGGCGAUGCGCCCGAGGCGCUGUCAGCCAAGGUUUCGGAGCUGGACGAGCAGAAGCAGUGGGACAAGGUGCUGGCGUCGGCGACGGGCGUCAAGAUCCGCGACGACGAGAAGCUGCUCAAGAAGGCGGCCAAGCGCAAGGACAAGCAGAAGGAAAAGUCGAGCAAGGCGUGGAACGAGCGUGCGCAGGCCGAGCAGAAGCAGCAGGCGGACCGCCAGAAGAAGCGCCAGGACAACAUCGCCGCACGCAAGGCCGCCAAGGGCGGCAAGGGCGGCAGCAAGAAGGGCUCCUCCUCGACGCUCUCGGCCAGCAAGACGCCCAAGGGCAAGCGUCCGUCGUUUGGCAAGGCGCGUCCGGGCUUCGAGGGCAAGAAGAUCGGCAGGUCGAGCAAGUAG